GAAGUAGAAAUUGAGCGAUAAGUAACGAAGAGUUUGAGUACUGUCCACAAUUUGAAUCUACCUGUAGUGAGGAAUUAUUUCAAUUAUUUCAAAUCGCAUCGAAAAGGCGCUUAAAGGCUACGCUUUCAAAUCAUCACAAUUCUUCCACGUAUUAAUUACAGACAUCAGUCACAGGCUCAUUUGAUGUGUGCCUUGCUCACUCGAAACGAGACGCAAACAAGCUUCAAAACGCCGUCCAAACAUCAAACGAAAGAGCGUCCCAAGAAGCAACAGCCGCAGAUAUGCAACACGCGUGGAGUAUCGAGAAAAAGCCAAGCCAAAGCCAUGUGUGCCCUGAACCACUCCACUCCACAGGGACGGACGGGGCUAAAAGAUAACGAAGAAAAACGAGGUUAAUAAUGGUGUGCGGAGGAAAUUAGCGAAGGUGAUAAAGAAAGCUGGGCAGAAACAAAUAAGAAAAAAAACACGACCGCAUCUGCGACUGUUAUGCUUUGCAAAAGAUGAAGCAUAAAUAAAUAAUCGAUAGCGGACCACCCAGCAAGCAACUCGGUUCGCCCGGUUGUGAUGAGCUGUGUCGUCUGAUGGGAAUUCGAUGGCCAGCGAUACGGGAGCUGGUAGGUCAGCCCAUCAUCCGUGUUUUUUUUCGCCAAUUUAAUGCACGGACGGGCAAGAAAGAGGGACGUAUAGCCCAAAGUUUCGACCUCUUUCGAUGGUUCGGUGGUGAGUUGGUAGCGGCGGGGUGAGUUCAGGGUUUGUGGACGCUUUGGAAGUUUGUCUUGUAGUCGAUCAAAAUUGCAUGUUGAAUCACGAUGGGGAAAGUUGAAACCGAGCGAGUGUUUUUUGCAAGAAGUGUGUAACCGUGGAAGCUGUCGCUUGACGGAGACCUGACCUUUCGUAUUGAUCUCUGUGCUGUUGCAAAGGGAGUUUCUUGGAAUGUGCUACAGAAGAAUUGGUUACUUGAACUGAGCGUUUAGAUUAAAUUGAGCAGGAUUAUGAGCGUCAAAAGGUGAAAUUUUGUAGGGAGGAUCUUGUAGAAUUCUUGGGAUAUACCUAAGCAGAAAAGAGCACAUUAAGCACCACAUAGAUGAGAAAAAGGGCGAUUUUUAAGAAUAUUUAUAAUAAUGUUAUCGUUAUCCAAGAGGUUCAACUAACUACAAACAUAAAGAUUGCUCUCCAAAGAGGCCCAAAGCGUCUGCUUAAUAGGGUCACAAAAGGCAUUGCAUAAGGGCGAACGAACUAAUUCAACAGUGAGGCAAUCAUACAACUCGGCCCGUGCCCGGCUGUAUACACCUCAAAGGGCCAAAGUAGAGCUUUGCGUUUUGUUUGCUCAAAGCUGCAGAUGCAUUUAGGUGGCGUUUCAAAGUUUCUAAGUCGUUUGCAUAGCUGUUGCUUACUUCUGUACAGAUUGUUUUCCUCUCCUCUUUCUCUCUAUCUUUGCGCCAGCAAUCGACAAUGGCCCAAUCUGGGGGGAAAACUAUUAUAAAAGUGAGGACGAUGACGGCGCCUGCCAGACUGUCAUACAGCACGUCAACGAACGCUUGCAACGAUGCCUGGAACUUGGUUGUCAUCGCUGGGCGUGUUCUGCCUGCUGCUGUGCUUUGUGUCAGGUGAACCGCGUCCUGAUUUCGCCCUCAACAGUACCCUCAUCGGGACGGUGCGUGUGGCCGGAGCCAUCGAUUAUACGCAGCUGGUCGUAGCCGAUAUCAAUGCGAAUCUGUACAUCAAUCUCAACUCCACCUAUCCGGGGCUGUCCGCGCUGCUCAAGCUAACGCAGGAAGUAGGAGAAACUGCCUCCCGCCUGCUGUACAAUGUGCUUACUCCACUCGAAUCGCUUGCGCCCUCGCGAGACUCGCAAGACGUGCAGCUGUUUGACGAAGUGCUCAAAAACAUUACCACCCUGCAAAAAUUCGUAUCAGUGCGACUCGUGGCAAUAAGCACCACUAUUGAGAUGAAACUGAAUGGCUUUCUUCCCUCGAAGUUGGAGGACGUGUUUGGGCGUGUCGUGCUUGGGCUGCAGGAGUUGGGCCUGGCGUUGGAGACCCUAAAGAGUGCCGUUACAGCAGUGCUUAGUGGAGGCAGCCAAGGGGAGUGUCCUCCAAAAUCCGUCCGACCCAAGCUUGUCUAUCGGGUGGUGUACGCCGUCCGUACACUUAGGGCUUACCUGCCCGCGGUGACGUACACACUGACGACCGUGGUCGAGAACAUCGCGUUAGCCGAUCGGUUCAUUGUGCGGCUGUCGGAAGACACGAAACAAGUACAGGAUCCGAACCAGUACGUCGAUCUAGUGCGGGCCACUACCGGCAUGGUAUCCAGGGCAGUAGCUACCAGCAUUGCCACAGUAACUGCUGAAUACGGGAAGGUAUCCGCCAAGCUACCGCAGUUUGCCAACCUUACCACGCUGAUGGCAUACGGACAGGUGAGCCAACUGAUGAGCUCCUACAACGCCGUGCUGAUGCAACUCGGCACCAUUGAUGCAUCGUUCGAUGCCUCCCUGGCGGACAUUGCGGAGAAACUGCGGCUCGCACUGCAACCGGACGAAAGCACGCCGAUGGUAGACAAUGCGGAGGUAGUCGCGACACUGGUCACCACCCUAAUCUCUAGCAGUCCGUACGGGCGCUUCUGUUUCUACAAAUUCUCCGAGCUGCUGCUCGGACUGACCGACACCGGACUGCUCGGGGUGGAAGGCUGCAUUAGUCGGGAGACGUUGCGGCUGCAUCAGCUUAGUUACGCACUGCAGGAGCACGCCAGGCUGCUGCUGUUCGAUCUGAAAGAUCUGCCCACCGAGCUGGGCGAAUGUAAUCUGCUGCCAAACGCGAACCGACGUGCGGCGUGUGUUACGACGGUGGUUGGUUUUUACACCAGUGUGGCGAAAAGUUUCCGAACCAAAUUCAACAACCUGUACAGUACGGGAUCGGCGGAAGCGGAUGCAAGCAAACACCGUCUGGCGGCGUGCGUGAAGGUGCUACAGUUUAAGCUGGUGGAUGGAUCCUCGACCGACCUGAACGCUCAGAUUCGGAAGUGCUCGAUGGUGGGUCCAGUGGCAUAGUUAUAACACGCAUGAUGUGGGAUGGUCCUCAUUGUAUGAAGAAAGCUGUUUAAUAAAAGUAAUAACAUCUGAAACUGUA